UACGUAACAAAAAUGACGUACAGCACGUACCAAGGAAGUGCACGUGAAUGCACGCCUGUGUUUCCUCGACGGUGCUUUUAUAGUAGUGUGUUUGCAUUAAUUGAGUGAAAUUCAGCGGAUAUUCCCUCGUUUUCUGCCCAGUUCAUGUUGAGAUUCACCCUCCUGUGAUGGAAAAUGCACGUACAGACAUGUUCUUGAUAACUGGUGGAUGUGGCUAUUUUGGUUAUCGCCUUGCAUGCUCCCUGCAUAAAAAAGGAGCCAAGAUCGUUCUGUUUGACACAGUCCCUCCAAAGCAAGAAGUGCCUGAGGACAUUGUGUUUCUUCAAGGAGAUAUACGUGAGUAUGCACAAGUUGAGAAGGCCGUCGCUGGUGUGGACUGUGUAUUCCACAUCGCCUCCUAUGGCAUGUCUGGCAGGGAGCAGCUGAACCGGCAUCUGAUCGAGGCGGUGAAUGUGCAAGGCACGCAGAACGUCCUGAAGGCUUGCGUUGAGCACGGAGUGUCCAGGCUGGUUUACACCAGCACCUUCAACGUGGUGUUCGGAGGCCAGGUGAUAGAGAACGGGGAUGAAAGCCUCCCUUAUCUACCUCUCCAUCUUCACUCCGACCACUACUCCAGAACCAAGUCGCUGGCUGAGAUGGCUGUGCUCGAAGCUAACGGCACAGCACUGGAGGACGGUUCCGGGGUGCUGAGAAGCUGUGCACUGCGUCCAGCGGGAAUCUACGGGCCUGGCGAGCAGAGGCACCUGCCCAGGAUAGUUGGCUACAUAGAGAAGGGGAUCUUCCGGUUUGUUUAUGGUGAACCCAGCAGCCGGGUUGAGUUUGUCCAUGUGGACAACCUAGUGUCGGCACACGAGCUUGCCGCUGAGGCUCUGACCUCGGAGAAGCGGCACCGCUCUGCUGGCCAGGCCUACUUCAUCUCAGAUGGCAGGCCUGUCAACAAUUUUGAAUUCUUCAGACCUCUGGUAGAGGGCUUGGGCUAUCCUUUCCCCAAACUGCGCCUUCCUGUCUCUCUCAUCUACUUCGUUGCCUUUCUCACAGAAAUGAUUCACCACCUCGUCGGGCCCUUCUAUAACUUCCAGCCACUGCUGACACGCACAGAGGUGUACAAGACUGGCGUGACGCAUUACUUCAGCAUGGCAAAAGCUCAGGCGGAUCUCGGUUAUGAGCCUCAGGAGCACAACCUGGAUGAGGUUGUACAGUGGUUCAGAAGCAGAGGCCACGGGAAGAAAUCUCACAGCUCCUUCCUCCGUCGAAUGCUACUCGACAUCCUGUUUGUCUCUGCCUUUGUUGCUGUGGUUCUCUCUUUUCUUCCAUUUGUUGGCAGUUGAUGAGCAGCUAAAGCUACAUUUUUCAAAAUGCCAUACGCCCUGUGUAUCAAGACUGGUUCAUAACUGGGUUGGUCCAUGGACACAUUUUAUUACAAAAUCAGUCAGUACUGGCAGGUGCUUCAGACAUGAAAACACCUUUUUAUAAACUGUUACACCCAUCACAUGUGAAUAUAAUCAAAUAAUAUCUGUAUCUUAAUGUCUGGUUGUUGUCUCGGUUCGAGACUAUAUGUCAAAUGCUACCUCACAACGGUCAGUUGUUUUUUUUACAGAAAAUCUCUGGGAUCAAAGAUUGAUAAUUAUAAUAAUAAUCUAAUACAAACAUGUUUUAAAUGCUGUUUUUGAAGAACUGUUCUGAAAACUGUAAUGAAUAAAUCCUUACAUGGCAAA